AUGGAAAAUUUUGCUGAUGAUGACUACUGGGAAACGGUGCCAGGAGGUAACGGCACAUGGAGGACGAGUCAGUGUGGUGGCGGUAUCAACAGAACUACAUCAGCUAUCAUUUUUGAUUUCAAAAUUGCCUUUCAGUAUCUGCUCAGUUGGGGACUGUUGCUGUCAAUUUUUCAGCAAAAUGUUAUUUAUAUCCUGCCCGUUUUAAAUUUUGUUUUCAAAUAUGGUCUUGUUGAAAACAAAGAAAUUUAUCAGAGGCGAGCAAUGAAAAAAAAGGGAGUGAGGCGGUAG